AUGGGCACGAACUUUACCGACUUCGAGUCCGGUCAUCGCGACUUAGUCACCGUCACAAAAUUCAAUUUUUACGGAAAUCGGAUUGUUACGGGGUCGUCGGAUCAUAGGUUGAAGGUCUGGGAUCAGAAGGAUGGGCAGUGGCAGUUAACUGAUACAUGGCGUGCGCAUGAUGCUGAGAUUCGAGAUGCCACUUGGAAUGGCCCCUUUACAGGACAGCACAUUGGCAGCGUAGGGGAAGACAUGCGUCUCAAAAUCUGGCAAGAAGAUGUCACGCAGCCUCCCAAUUCAGGCCGGCGGUUCAAAUCCAUAUACCGCUUGCCAGCUCCUCACAGAGUCCCUUUUGUGUCAAUAGAUUUUCGAAAUGUCGACUUGGACACAUGGAUGGCUCUCAUUACUCGAGAUGGGUAUCUCAUGGUCAUGGAGCCCGUCAUGCCGGAUACGCUCGGGGAAUGGCAGGCCCUUGACCAGUUCAGAGUCUGUCCCGCGCCAGCGCGAGGAGAAGAAACUAGUUUUCGGGUGCAGUUUCACCAUGACUCAUUUGAUGCUACGCACUCUUUGAAACCGGAUAAUGACCGGAAGAGUUUGUCUCUGGUCGUCGCUGCCAUGGACACGGUGAAAAUCUACAGAACUGACUCGAGCCGUCGGUUUUACCACGCUGUCGAGUUGACUGGCCACGGCGGUCUUGUGCGUGACAUAUCAUGGGCUAAUGGCUCAGUACGCGGGUACGAUCUUAUUGCCAGCGGUUGCAAGGAUGGAUUCGUUCGCAUAUUCGAGGUUUAUACAUUCUUAUCGGGGAAUGGGGCACAUGGAAAUCAUAACCAUCGAAAUGGGCAAGUUUCGGCACCAUCACCUUCUCAACGCGCUACAGCACAAUCGGGAAUUGGGUCUGCGCUGGCCAAUCGGGCUCCAGUCACGGCUUCUCCUCGUCCAGCGAACGUUGAUACGCCAUUUCGUCAUGAAUAUCGGGAGGUUGCUUGUAUUGAUAGUCAUCAUUUGGAUGUUUGGCAGGUACAAUGGUCGUUUGCAGGUGACUGUUUGAUAUCCUCGGGUGACGAUGGAAGUGUACGAUUCUGGAAAAAAGCUCUUACAGGGGAAUGGCUAGAAUUUGCCGAGACAGACAUGACAGACGAAGAACCCCAAACCUGA